AUGGAUACGAUCAUCAAUGCUUGCUCUGAUUACCCGCAAGAUCAAUAUAGAUGGCAGAGGGGCUUGGAGGAGGAGCUCGAAAGGCGGCGAGAAAACCACCAGAAGGCCCAAGCUGUCGUCUCUGCUUCCACUCAAGCACAGAUCAGAGAUCGAAACCCAACACUCAACAGCUGGAUAUGGCAGCUACGAGAUGCCAUCGAGGAGGUAGAUGAUGUUCUUGAUGAUUUUGAGUACUUGAAGAACAGCUUACCAGAAACAAGAAGCAGUAAAAGCUCUUUAAAGAAAAUUGGCAAACGUGCUCUCAAGACGGAUCCCAAUUUGAAGAGACUGGAGAAGGUUGUGAAGAAACUUGAUAAAGUUUCAGCUGAGGUCAGUACUUUCCUUCAUCUCAUCGAAAACGCAAAGCAGGAGCUUUCAUCUCGUCGAAAACCCGAAGCAGGAACAACAGGAGCUGGAGCUUCAGUUGUGCAAAGAUCUGGAAACAGGAUGCUUGCCUAA